CUUCCCCAAGUCUCAACCUUGAAUUGAAGAGGAGCCUUCCCUUAAAAAACACUCAAUUUUUCAAUAAAAAACUAAAAUCUACCAUACUGAUCAUUAACACCUCACCCAAUUUUCCGAAACUCAUUACUAUUUGAUUCCAGUUCCCAUCAAUCUUUUCUAUUUGCAAAAAAAAUUGAGAUCCCCAGAUCCCAUACUCCCAAUAUCUGUCAUACCCAGAUCGAAAAUCACCAUUUAAGCCAAAAACUUCGACUAACCCACUAAUUUUCUCAGGACGGAAUCCGUUUUCAAAACCUUCGUCUAAUUAUCAUGGUGGAGACCUUACCUGCAGGGCGGUUCCACCACCAGAGGUUGGACUUCCGGCGAUGGAUUCCGGGGUUCGUGUCGUCGCAUAGGACCCUCUUCACGGCACUCUGGGUCUUGGUUUUUUUGUCUCUUUUCGUUUGGCAGAGGAAUUUAAUAGAUGGGUUUUCGAUAUUCGGCCGACCCGUGACGAAACCCAUGCCUAAGCUUCGACCUGUGGCCUUCAAUUUGACGGAUUUUGGGGCUGUGGGUGAUGGGGUUACUGUGAACACGAAGGCCUUUGAGAGGGCUGUAUUGGCUAUUUCUAAGUUGGGCAAGAAAGGAGGAGGCCAGCUCAAUGUGCCUCCAGGUCGGUGGCUUACAGCUCCGUUUAAUCUAACUAGUCAUAUGACUCUCUUCCUUGCCGAAGAUGCUGAAAUACUUGGAAUUCAGGAUGAAAAGUAUUGGACACUGAUGCCUCCACUGCCUUCAUAUGGGUAUGGAAGAGAGCACCCUGGGCCUCGAUAUGGGAGUUUGAUUCAUGGUCAAAAUCUUAAAGACAUUGUUAUUACAGGGCAUAACGGUACCAUAAAUGGGCAGGGUCAAACCUGGUGGAAGAAGUAUCGCCAAAAGCUGCUCAACUACACUAGGGGACCACUUGUGCAGAUCAUGUGGUCGAGUGAUAUCGUAAUCACUAAUAUAACGUUGCGUGAUUCUCCUUUUUGGACACUUCAUCCUUAUGACUGCAAAAAUGUAACCAUUAGAAAUGUUACUAUUUUGGCCCCAGUAUUUGAAGCUCCAAAUACUGAUGGGAUUGAUCCUGAUUCUUGUGAGGAUAUGGUAAUUGAGGAUUGUUAUAUUAGCGUUGGAGAUGAUGCAAUUGCUAUAAAGAGUGGCUGGGAUCAGUUUGGAAUUUCUUAUGGAAAACCUUCGGUGAACAUACUCAUCAGGAAUCUUGUUGUUCGCUCCAUGGUCAGUGCUGGCGUAUCAAUAGGCAGCGAGAUGUCUGGUGGGGUUUCAAAUGUGACCGUAGAGAAUCUCCUUGUGUGGAGCUCAAGGCGUGCCGUCCGGAUCAAGACUGCUGCAGGAAGAGGCGGAUACGUCCGCCAAAUAACCUACCGCAACCUAACAUUCGACAAUGUCCGUGUGGGAAUUGUUAUCAAGACAGACUACAACGAACACCCUGACGACAACUACGAUCGAAAAGCUUUCCCAGUGCUUGAGGACAUAAGCUUCACUGGCGUCCAUGGACAGGGCGUUCGAGUUCCUGUGCGUAUCCACGGGAGUGCAGAAAUUCCCGUGAGGAACGUGACUUUCCGGGAUAUGUCAGUGGGAAUAACUUACAAGAAGAAGCAUAUUUUCCAGUGUGCCUUUGUCCACGGGCAUGUAAUAGGAACCGUCUUCCCUGCCCCUUGUGAGAAUCUUGAUAGGUACGAUGAGCAAGAACGGUUGGUUAAACGCUCUGCUUCCCAGAACUUGACAGACAUAGAUUAUGAUUUUUGACAUGACAAAGGUUCUCAACUUCCCCCUACCGCACAGUGCAAAGCGCAUCAGUACGUGGAGAGCCCUAAAACAAAGCACAACGUAAGCAUUUUGGCAACGUUACGGAAUGUAGUUUAGCGCAGUGGAUUUUUUUCUUUUUUUUAAUGUUUUGUUCCUUCUCUUUAUUUUUCAUUUUUUUAAUGGAAAAUGGUGUACAUAGGUAAAUAUUCCUGUUGAUUAUUACGCUUCGUUUCUUUUACUUAGACAAUGUACUACUUUCAUCUUCCACAUUAAUUUUCAUAAAAAAAAAGAGCAUGAAUAAUUAAUUAUAUUUUA